UUAGGUCCAUUGUUUAUGAUUUGUUGGCUUGAAUCGACAACAACUUUGCGAUGCAUUGUAGGAAUUUGACUUUGCAUCUUGAAUUUUUUAUAUUUAUGUUUCCGACGUCUUGAUUUGUUUUUAUCUGAUGAUUUUGGGCUUUCAAUGUUUAAAGUUCAAAAUACAAAAGAACAAUACCAUGUUCUGAUUGAAAUAGGCUAUGCCAUCAGUGCAAUUAUUUUAUUGCUGUUAAAUCUGAUAUAACAAAGCUUAAGCAUAGCAUACACUUGAAAAGUUAAAAUGGAAUAAUGUCGUUGGAGAUAUUUUUCAAAGUGGAAUACUGUAACAUAGAUAAUUAUACCAUGCAUCUUUACCCUUUAAAUCUGUCGUAGUCACUUCUACAGUUAUUAUUUUGUAGUAGCAUUCACACGCACAUUGAAUUCUUCUACUGGGACUUCAAAUUUACAACAUUUUCUACUUAGCUUUUAGAAAAAUGUUGGGCUGUGUCUUAUCUGUAUUUCAGUGUGUGUGUGUGUGUGUGCGCUUAUGGCCCAUGUGGCCCAUGUGGCCCAUGUAACCCUGCAGCCUAUAUAUGUGCUGCCCCCUUGUACAGGAAACCCUAACUCCAAUAGAAUACAAUACUAGGCCAUCUUUCUAUCCCAGCCGCCACCCCUCUCUCCCCUGAUUCUACAUGGUGUCAGAGCUUGGGUUCCCAAUCCCAGCAGUGGUGAUGGUGGUUGGCUGGUUGUGCUUGCUGGCGAUUGUCUGAGAGGAGAAGGCUUGUGUGGAAGAAGGAGAGGUGGAAUCCCAGAUCUGAGGGGAGGAGGUAGUAGAGAGGUGAAAGUGGGGAGCAGUGGUUGCUGGAGGUUGCUAGUGGUGUGAUUCAAGAUUGGAAAGAUGGGGGACAACCAGGGGUUGGUAAAGGCGUUGGAGAAGCUAGCUGAGCUCAUCACUGUCAAGGCAGAGGGUGUGGCUUCCCCAGGUGUGCUUGUUCCUCAGCCUGAGGUGAUACAGAAAAUAGAACUGAUGCCAAAUGAAAUCAAGAUGGAAGGGGUCACAAACUACCUAAGCUGGUCCAGAAGGGCAUUGCUAAUAUUGAGGACAAAGGGGCUGGAAGGCUAUGUCAGAGGGAAAGUAGAUGAACCGGCGAACAGGGCAAGUGAAGAGUGGAAGAAGUGGAGUGUCAUUGACUCUCUGGUGGUGGCAUGGCUGCUGAACUCCUUGACCCCAUCCAUUGCAGCAGCCGUGGAGACUCUUCCCCAUGCAGCAGAGGUAUGGAAAACCCUGGAAACAUUGUACUCCGGGAAAGGGAACAUAAUGCUUAUGGCGCAGAUUGAGGAUAGAGUAAAUGAGCUAAAACAAGGGGAUAAGUCGGUGAUGGAGUAUGUAGCAGAAUUGCAGCAUUUGUGGGCUGACUUAGACCACUAUGAUCCACUGGAGUUACCACAUUCAGAAUGUAUAGUUGCUACUAAGAAGUGGGUAGAGUGUAGGAGAGUGAUGAAAUUCUUGAAGGGACUUAGCUCAGAAUUUGAAGGAAGGCGUGCUGGGUUGUUUCAUCAGCCAAAGCUCCCCUCGCUUGAGGAGGCAGUUGCAGCAAUGGCACAGGAGGAGGUCAGGUUGAAGUUGACCAGGACUGGAGAAGCGAAUGCAUCUCGCUCAGCAUUUACUGUGUCUGAAUGGAAGGAGACAAGAGAGUGCUUCAACUGUGGAGAGAAAGGUCACAUAAGCAUCAAUUGCACAGCACAACGCAGAGAAAUACGUGGUAGGGGAAGAGGUUACAGCCGAGGUGGAUACCGGGGAGUUAGAGGCAGAGGUAACUCGAGGGGUUCGAAUUAUUCCAGUGGCUUCAAAGCAAACUUGGCUAACUUGGCAACGCAAGAAGAAGGGACGUCAACAACCUCUCAAGAGGAGUCGAAGAGUAGAAGCCAGGAGGACAACACCUUCGGGAACUUUGCCCACUUUGUCUACACAGGGGAAGGAGAGGAUGACUGGAAGGAAACUUGGGACAGGAACCAGGCGUAGUGGAUUGUGGUAUAUGGAUCGUGAUGUGUCUAGGUCUGGUGCUAGUCCUAUUUUGGCUGUACUAGUUGGAGUAAGUGAGACAAUGGCGAUGAUCCAUCACUGUCGCAUGGGGCAUAUGGCUUUUGAUAAGAUGAGUAAGAUGUUUCCUGAUGUAAUGCGUGG